GAGAAAAGAAAGUAAAAGACUAUGAAUAUUGUGGUGCAAAUGGACUCUAAGUUACUACAGUUGUCAAGUUCUACAAAUCACUGAAGGUCCAUAUAUAGUAUUAUAUACCUCUAAAGAUUCUGCAAAAAAUACAGCGAAUGUGUCCCCAAAUCACCAGGCUUUUUAAAUUCAUUUUGACAUUUGGGACAAUGUCGACGAGUAGCAACGGUACUAAAGAUAAAACAACACAGAAUAUUCUGAAUGAAGACGAUGUUGAAGGGAAGAUGAUGGCUCAUGAAAAAGAAUUAAGAGACACGUUCGAAAAUACUGGUGUCUAUUGUAAAAGAAGUAAUACGGAAUGUCCUCGAAAAUGCGGCAUCGACUGUCAAUUUAAAACUGUUACUAUACAAAAUAAACGUAAACAAAAUUUACCAGAAGGAAAUUACAAUUUCUCGUCAAAGGCUAAAAUUGGAAGAAGCGAGAAUAAAAAGAGUAACUUUGAUAGGAAGGAAGAGAACAGCAGCACUGUGCAAACAGAUUUCCAACAUUUUGAAUUUGAGGAAAGACAGAAUUUAGUCACACGAUUACUGACAAAGGAUAAAGAUGGUGAUACAAUUCUGCAUCUUUCAAUUGUCCACAAUGACGUAAGAAAAAGCAAAUCUCUCAUAGAAAUAUUGAGCGGGAAAUUGGAUGUUGUUAAUAAAUUACAACAGACACCUUUACAUCUUUCUGUUCUGACUUGUCAACCAGCCAUAGUUGAAUUUUUAAUUUUCCAUGGCGCCAGUGUGAAUAUGAUGGACAGAAAUGGUCAGACGGCGCUACAUCUUGCUUCAAAAAAUGCCGAUAAUGAAUGUGUCAAAGCUAUAAAAAACGCAACUGAAUGUCCAGCACAUUCUUCGUAUGUUGUACAAAAACCGGACUUCACCUUGAAAAAUUUUAAAGGCCAAGCAGCUUUUCAUUUGGCAAUUUUAUCCGGAAGUCGAGAAAUUGCCAAGACUUUGUUAGACAUGAAAGCAGACAUCAACAUUCAGGAUGGAACAAGUGGAAGAACAGCGUUACAUCUUGCUGUGGAAUCACAUAAUAUAAAUAUGAUAACUUUUCUACUGGAAAACAAUGUUAAUGUGAAUGCUACCACAUUCUCUGGGAAUACUGCACUACAUCUAGCCAGCGGGCUAGGAAUGGAUCAGAUUGUUCAGUUGCUCAUUCGGAAUGGCGCAAAUAUUAAUAUCACAAACAUUGAAGGUGAUGCACCACUGUAUACUAAGAUAGUCGAAAGUGUGCAAUGGAAGCCACAAAGUAAAAUGUGCAAAAAAAGUGAUAAAACUCAAGACUUCUUGUGUACAAAAAUGUUUCAGUACAGGACUCCAAACUGCAUGGCGACCUAUCCAUGCCGUAAAUGACUUAGAAAUAUAUUUACUAGAAUAUGUUUGUCAUGUAAACUGAGAAAAAGAAUUGAUAAAUUUAAUUGAGUGUAAUUUAGUAAUAAAAUUGAGCAAUUCAAACUAAAUUAUCACACACCUAGUCACCUAUGACCUAUAUAUUACCAUGAAGUGAUGAAGACAUUUUAAAAAUACUGACUUUUGCUAGCUUGCAAUCACUAAUAACAUGAUUUAUGAAAAUUAAAAUCAUAGUAUAUCAUAAUAUCUACAAGUUAUAAGAAACUAGCUCUUAAACUAAAAUUUGGGACGAAGAAAUAUAAUUUGAA